AAGAGGCUCUUUAUCCUAAAGGAAGAGGAAAGGAGAUUAAGAAUUGGCAAUUGGGUGUAGGGAAAUCGGGUCAAGUUUUUUGCUUGAGGAAAAACGAAGCUGUGGGGAGUUAAAUUCAAUGGAGGAUGAAACAUGGAAUUUGGGUGUCUCAAGGAGCUACCAGUUGGGCCUUAAGUCACAGAGUGAUCUUUGCGUUGAUUUUGAAGAUGUUGAAGAUGAUGAUGAGUUGAGGACUGAAUAUCGAUGCCCAUUUUGCUCUGAGGAUUUUGAUAAACUUGGAUUGCGCUGCCAUAUUGAUGAAGAGCAUCCUGUUGAAGCUCAGUCUGGGGUAUGCCCUGUUUGUGCUACAAAGGUGGGUAUGAAUAUGGUUGGACACAUAACAACACAGCAUGGAAACAUUUUAAAGAUAUCCUUUUAACUUGUUUGAGUUUGAAUCUGUUACUUCUUUUUUCCUUUCAUCUUAAUAUUAAUUAUCCUUUUAUAGUUUAUUUCAUUUUGCUUGGAAGGUUUCUGACACCUCCGGUUUUAUCCCUAAAAAACCAUCAUAUUUUAUGCUUUGUAUGUCCAAGACAGUGGUUUAAGGUUCACUAUCUGCAUUCCUUGACAAUAGAUUACAGUCGUCACAGAUUGAUGCAUCAUAAAGGUUCAAUUCUUCCUUCCUUUAAGAAGGAGUUCCAUGAUGAGCCCUUUCAGCCCUUUCUUUCUAGGUCAUCAUCCACAAUUUCUUCCUCCAAGAUGGCACCUGAUCCAUUGCUUUCAUUUCUUUUCUACAAAGCUCCUCCUGAUUGUUCUAAGAGUGUGCCAACUGCCACUUCAACUGAAGUGAGCUUAGAGGAAACUAACUCAGACGAGAAAAAUUUGGAGAAAACUGUCCACCCAUCUCCUUUGUCGAACAAGAACCUCAUGGAGAGGGCCAAGAAGUGUGAAUUUUUACAGGGACUAUUGCUGUCCACCAUCUUGGACAAUGACCUAUGAACAAGACAUUAUAGCAGUAACCGUUGUCUGCUUCAGAUUUUUACGAAGUAACAAGUUCAUUAUUGAUGUUAUCUCUGUUGAAUCAUAAGAUGAUACAUCGAGAAAGUGGGUAGAUGUAGUAGUUAGGUAUAAUUUACUUUCACAGUGUGGUCAAUUGUGCCAUAACAGAGUCAGACAUUAUGUCCUAUUGUUCCAGACUGUUGUGCAUAAUGCAAGUAUCCAAUUUCCGUUCUUAUCCUCUUGCAAGCGUAUCUUGUUCAUGCUACUGACGUGUAUUUCAUGUUGCUGGGAUUGUGAGGGGCUGGUGAUUGUUGUAUUAUUGACCUUAAAUGGUGUUUCAGUUACUGUAUACAUAAAAUUAUUAGUGCCAUCAAACAAACACACUUUCCUAAAUUGCAUCAUGCCACUCAAACCAGCGGAUGGCCAUGUCACUCGCAUAGAAAAACAAUUCACCAUGGACAUUGUAAAUCUGUUGCUCCCAACUUGCCGCUUUUAUCUGGGUUUGCCAUCCAAACUUGACCAGAUGAAAUAAACAAACAAUCCACACUUUAAUAUAAUGACCAACUAUAG